AUGCCUCCUGCUGGGGAAGCAGAAGAGCCACCAUCGCCACCUCCCAGGCCGAGGCAAAGAAGGACUGAGGUUACGGACCCUCCUGAGGGAAUUCCUCGGGAAACUGUACCGGGUGUGGAGCAGACGGGGGCUUACUCUAGGGAUUUCCUAGAGUCCUUUAUGAGGUCUACUAUGGAAACUCAGGCACAAACCACUCUCAUCCUACAGACUUUGAUGAAACUUAACCCACCAUCUUUUGAGGGUGGUAAGAUAGACCCCGUCGCAGCGGAGGCUUGGUUCAAAGCAAUAGAGACAAUCUUUCGGUAUAUGAACUGCUCCGCUGAAUAUCAAGUGCACUGUGCGACAUUUAUGCUAAAUGGAGACACACAUUUCUGGUGGAAGACCCCCCACAAGACGUUCAAUCCUGGUGAAGGUCUUGUUUUAUGGGAGCAAUUCAGAGAGGCUUUCCUUCUGAAAUAUUAUCCGGUUGUUUCCGAUAUCCAGAACUCUACAGCAUUCCUCUUGUUGAAACAGGAAGAUAGAUCAGUGGAGGAUUAUGAUAUAGAUUCAACAAGUUGGCACGCAAGUCCAUCGCUGCAGCCCCCAUCUAUCCCUACAACUUUAGGUCAAAAGAGGAAAACUAUUAGACAUGGCCAUAGAUUUGACAGACGAGCCCGCGGACGUUUUGAUCAUCGUGUACAGACCGCGGAUCAGAAUAAAGCACCUUGCCCCAGAUGCAACAGGUUUCAUGAGGGAGAGUGUUAUGCCCUGCGUGGAUGUUAUGGGUGUAGCCAACCAGGCCACCGAGUUGCUGAUUGUCCCCACAGAAAUCCACUUGAGGUAAAUCGACCUAUCGCUCAGUAUCAGGGAGGUCGAGGAGGUCGACAACAGCAACAGGGGCGAGCAGUAGCCCAUGGCACCGCAGCCAGAAUGGCUGAGGAACCCGCCAAUGUGGUAACAAGUACGCUACCCAUUUAUGGGCAUUUGGCAUUCACUCUGUUUGAUUCUGGCUCUACAAACUCUUUUAUUUCUGCUGCAUUUGCUGAACAAGCUUUGUUAGAAUUAGAGCCUUUAGAGAAUACCCUUUUGGUAUCCAUACCAUCAGAGAAAUUACUUGAGGUCACUCACAGAGUUAGGGCUGCAAAGGUAACUGUAUCUGAAUGGGAGUUUGAGGCUGACUUAAUUGUGUUAGUCAUGGUGGAUUUUGAUAUUAUUUUGGGUAUGGAUUGGUUAGGUGCAAAUUGA